AUGGAUCUCGAUGACGAGUUCAUUACAAACCGCAGUGAGGCCACCAUUCCAAAGGUCCUCUGCUGCGUGUGUGGGCUCCUCAUUGACAGUAACCCGAGCAACAUGUGUAGCAGCUGCCUACGCUCUCACGUUGAUAUCACAGAGUCUGUGCAAAAAGAAUAUAUAAUUGUGUAUUGUCCCGAGUGCAGCCGCUAUUUGCAACCCCCACAAUACUGGACUCGAGCGGAUCUAGAAAGCCGUGAGCUCCUUACCAUCUGCCUCAAGCGUGUGAAAGGUCUCAGUCGAAACGUUUUCAAACUUGUUGACGCCAAAUUUAUAUGGACGGAACCACAUUCCAAGCGCCUGAAAGUAAAAUUGGUGCUUCAGAAGGAGGUGAUGAGCAAUAUCGUGAUUCAGCAAGCGUGCGUUAUUGAGUAUGUUGUCGUGUGGCAACAGUGUCCAACCUGUCAGAAGGUGGCUACCGGGCAGCCUCAGUGGGACGCUUGCGUUCAGCUGCGGCAGAAAGUUGCGCAUAAGAAGACGUUUCUUUAUCUUGAACAACUCAUUCUGAAGCACAAGUUACAGGAAAAUUUCAUUCGAGUCGAGGCACAGCCCGAUGGAUUGGACUUCUUUUUUGCACACAAAAGUCACGCCUUGAACUUUUUGGAGUUUGUCAGUCGCAAUAGUCCUGUCACGCGCCGCGAUGCCGUACAGCUAGUCUCACACGAUAGCAAGAACAAUACCGCGGUUCAGCAUCAUACCUUUUCUCUCGAAAUUGCUCCCUUGUGCCGUGAGGAUCUUGUACUGCUACCUUACCAAAGUUACUACCUGAAGCUUGGCGGACUUGGACCUCUCGUGCUUGUCCACAAGGUUUACAGCAGUGUUGUCCUUGUCGAUCCUCGGACGCUGCGGGCCAAUGAGUUCACAGGGACGUAUUAUUGGAAGAAGCCCUUUCUUCCUCUCAUGAACUCUCGCGAAAUGACGGAAUUUUACGUGCUACAGUGUACACCAACUGGUGUAACGAAUGGUCGCUAUCACUUAGGUGUUAUUACCGUCUGUCUUUCCAGUGAAGUCGGCUACGGACGCGAAUGGAUCGUCACAUCCCACUUGGGUGGGCUUCUGCAGCCGGGUGACCUUGCAAUGGGUUACUUACUGGAAGGCAGAACCUUCAACCAUGAGGAAUGGGAAAACAACAAGUAUAAGCAAGACCAGUUGCAAGAGGUGGUGCUUGUGAGGAAGCACUUUCCGGCGCAACGCGCUCGUCGCCACAGGCGGAACUGGAAGUUAAAGCGGUUGGAUGUUAUGGAUCCUUCUUGUGCUGAACGCAACGCAAGGCGGCAGGAAGAACAGGAGGAGGAGCGGCUUGAGUUUGAGGACGAACUGGAGCGAGAUGUGGAACUUCGCCGUGAUGUACCCAUCUAUAAGAUGCUUGAUAGUGAAUUAGCUGAGCGGGUGGUAAAGAAAAAUGAAGGAAAAGGAAAUGCCAACCCUGAGAAUGAGUGUGAUGACGACGCGGACGAGGCGCCGCAGAUAGCAUUGGAGGAGAUGUUGGACGAACUUAGGCUUAGUGACGAUGAUGAGACCGCUGCUGCCGACGAUGAAGAGGCAUCCGUCGAAAACGCCAGAAAAAAGAAACGGCCUGAGGUGUAA